AUGGCAAUGGAGCAGAAAGUCUGUAAACUAACUUAUGGGUGCCAGCGAAGUUCCACAUCAGAUGACGACUCUGGAUGUGCUAUGGAGGAGUACACUUGGGUUCCACCAGGACUGCGUCCUGAACAGGUUCAGUUAUAUUUUGCCUGUCUGCCUGAAGAAAAAGUCCCUUAUGUCAACAGCGUGGGUGAAAAGUAUCGAAUCAAACAGCUUCUGUACCAGCUUCCUCCACAUGACAAUGAGGUGAGGUACUGCCAGGCAUUAAGUGAAGAGGAGAAGAAAGAAUUAAUAAUGUUUAGUACACAACGCAAAAAAGAGGCUCUUGGGAGAGGCAAUAUUAAACUGCUAUCAAGGGCUGCGAUGCAUGCGGUCUGUGAGCAGUGCCGUGAAAAGAUUAAUGGUGGUGAAAUAGGAAUUUUUGUUUCAAGAGCCGGUCCUGGGGUAUGCUGGCACCCAGCAUGUUUUGUUUGCUCCACGUGUAAUGAGCUGCUUGUUGAUCUCAUAUACUUUUACCAGGAUGGAAAAAGUACAUUGUGGCAGGCAUCAUGCUGAACUGCUCAAACCAAGAUGCUCUGCCUGUGAUGAGAUUAUAUUUGCUGAUGAAUGCACAGAGGCUGAGGGGCGUCACUGGCACAUGAAGCAUUUUUGUUGCUACGAGUGUGAAACUGUGCUCGGUGGACAGAGAUAUAUAAUGAAGGAUGGUCGCCCCUUCUGUUGUAGUUGCUUUGAAUCUCAUUAUGCAGAGUACUGUGAAUCCUGUGGAGAACAUAUAGGUGUGGAUCAUGCUCAGAUGACCUAUGAUGGCCAACACUGGCAUGCUACAGAAAGCUGCUUUUGUUGUGCUCAGUGCAAAGUUUCACUUCUGGGUUGUCCCUUUCUGCCAAAAAAAGGCCGCAUUUAUUGUUCGAAAACUUGCAGUUUGGGAGAGGAUAUGCACGCAUCAGAUUCUUCUGACUCUGCCUUCCAGUCUGCUAGAUCCAGGGAAUCAAGGAGAAGUGUUCGAAUGGGAAAGAGCAGCAGGUCAGCAGAUCAAUGUAGACAAUCUCUCUUGCUGUCUCCAGCACUGAAUUACAAGUUUCCUGGCCUUUCUGGAAAUGCCGAUGAUACUCUGUCUCGGAAGAUGGAUGACCUUGGCUUAUCAAGGCAUGGGGCCAGUUUUGAUAAUGACUUUUGGAAAGGAAGGGAUGAGCAGGAUACUCCAGAAGACCAUGAAGAAUGGGCUGAGCAUGAUGACUACAUGACUCAGUUACUUUUAAAGUUUGGUGAGAAAGGACUCUUUCAGCAGCCUGCUGAAGGUAAUGGAUCUAGUGACCCUUGGAUGUCUGAAAAUGUCAAAAUGAAUAGUGACCUAAAAAGAAGCAAGCAUAAUCAGAGUUUGGCAAGUAAAAAAUAUCAAACUGAUAUGUACUGGGCACAGUCACAGGAUGGACUUGGUGAUUCGGCAUAUGGAAGUCAUCCAGGCCCUGCCAGCAGCAGGAAAAUACAAGAGCUGGAUUUAGAGCAUGGUGCAUCUGGUUACAAACAUGACAAGAUACCUUGGUACAAGAGUUCUCUGGAAUGUUUGUCUGAUGAUAUGAAGCCACAAAUUGAAAACAUACGUGAUUCAAUGGAUUCAUUGGCAUUGUCCAAUAUAACAGGAGCAUCUGUUGAUGGGGAAAGUAAAACGCGACCUUCACACUUUUCUUAUCCAAGCUUCCAAGACUUGGACUCAAGGGACUGUGAGAAAAUGAGCAACAUGGGCACUCUCAACUCUUCCAUGCUGAACAGGAGUUCUGAAUCUUUGAAAAGCCUAAGUUCAGAACUGUGCCAGGAAAAGCCGCUUCCAGAAGAAAAGCCAGUUCAUAUGUCGGCACUGAGAAGGUCUAAGUCACAGACCAGACCACAAGUCAAAUUUUCUGAUGAUGUCAUUGACAACGGCGACUAUGGCAGCAUUGAAAUCAGACAGCCCCCAAUGAGUGAGAGGAGUAGGAGAAGGGUUUACAAUUUUGAAGAAAGUAGCCAAAGGCCACACCAACACCACCGGCGCAGGAAAAAUAGGAAGUCUCGCUCUGAAAAUGCACUUCAUCUUGCAGCAGACCACAAACCUCCAGGACGCGAAAAACAAAGAUGUUACACUUCUGAGGAUUACGACAGACUCUUUCAGAACAGAUCUCCUCAAGAGGUCCAAGCGUAUAUGCAAAAUAGUGAACUGUUUGGACAGUAUACAAAUGCUGCUUCAGAUUAUGGACUGCAAAGCCAGUUGAUGGAUAAAUUUUUUGGGUUGUAUGGCGAUGAUGAGGACUCUUGGUGUUCAACCUGUUCCUCAUCUUCUUCUGACUCAGAAGAGGAAGGAUAUUUUCUUGGACAGCCUAUUCCUCAGCCACGACCACAAAGAUGCCAAUAUUUUACAGAUGGUCUUCCUAGUCCCACAGCUGCACUAUCUAGUAGUCAUUUUGGCCAAAGGACCACUAAAUCCAAAAAGAAGAAGGGACACAAAGGCAAAAACUGUAUCAUUUCCUAA